AAGCUGCAGAAACAGCGGACUCUUCGUCAUGAGUCCACAUUACACAGGUGGUUGAACACGCUAGCGUGCUCCGCGUGUAUACUUAAUACAGUAACGUACUUUUAAAAGUAUAUACUUAGCUAUUUUGCGGUUUUAGUUUGUUUUGUUUCCACGGUGACCAUGAAAAUAGAAGUCGAGAUCAGUAGACGCGCGAAAAUCUUCGUCUUCUCCGACAUGAUUUACACUUGCGAAACAAUUAAAUGACAACCGCUACAUUCUAACACCUAACUAAUAAAAAGUUCGUCCGAAAGCCCAAAAAUGAGCACAUCAACAAAUAAAAUGACAAAUGAACAUCAGGAACAAAUGAUAUCUUCUUGUAGCAUUAACAAUAACAACAACAACAACAGCAACUACAGUGGUCCUACAUCGAAAAGAACCCAAAAGCAAAAGCUUUUCUUGUACAUUCCAAAACUGAUAGAAUCGGGUAGUUUUUCAAAACAAAAAAUGAGUUCAAACUUCGACAAAAUAACCGAGGAACGCUCAAAGAAAUUUCCGCAGUCUCCCCAUCAACCGACAACGAACGCGUCAACCAUUAAAUCUAUUAACACCAGUGCUACGAUUGUCGACAUGUCGGGUGCCCUAAUGGACAAUAAAACAAUAAAUGUAGCGGCUAAUAGCUUGUUAAAUCUAAAUAAAAGAAUUGCUCCAAUCCCCCCGGUGAAAACGCCGCCGCCGCUAACGCCUUUAUCGCCAGUGCAAAAAGUGCUGACAAUGCCAACCACGAUCUACGAAGAAGAAAUUGAAAAAUCGGGAAAAAGUCGCGCUACAAUAACCGGCGGUAGUUGCAAAGGGCAUCAGGACGACGACGCCCUCGAAAGCAUUUCCGAAUCGCAGGUUUUGGUUACCCCCGACGAACAAUCGACACCCCGGUUUCUGGUCCUUCCGCCCACCGGAAGUGUGUUGACAUUAAACAAAGUUUCUCAGGACAGUGUCCG